CUGUUGCUGAGCACAACAGAACUCACGCCCUUUCCAUCCAGUACCCUUCAUCUUGCUCCUUGCGAAGCUCUGAAGAUGGAGCGCAGUGACACGUUCGUUCGAUAGAACGACCAGAGUGCCUUCUCUGGCCGAUAGAUCCUCCCUCCCUCUUGGCCUUCUUCACCUCUGCUGACCUGACCCAUGGACCCCGAAGACGACAUCUACCAGGGCCUGGACCUCGAUGGUGGUUUGGCUCGCAAGCGGCGGCGGCAGUCUGACGAGGAGUCGGGUCAGGCGACGGCCGAGGAGAUGGAGGCAUUGCGCGAGAAGCUGCAGGCGGCCAAGAGCCGCAUCAACGCGCUGCAGAGCGAGAACCUGAUUCUGGUGACCAACAUGUCGUGCCUGUACAUGACGGCGAGGAACGAAGUGUCGCGCAAGAACGCCAAGCUAGUGGCCAAGCGGCAGCGCAUCCAGGAGCUCAAGGCGAUGAUAGCGCAGCUCAAGGACCGCAUCAAGGAGGUCACCACCGGGGGCGCUGAGGGGGACGACUGGGAGGCGGUGGAGAUGGAGGACGAGGCACACGACGAGGCGCCCAUGCCGGCCAUCAUGGACAGGGAGACCAGAGAGAGGGAGAGGGACAGGGACAGGGAGAGGGAGAGGGAGAGCCGGGGCAGCAGACGCGGCCGGCCGCCCCCUCUGCUGCCCUCCCCUCGUGGCAGCAGUGACAUGGACAUCUCCCCAACGAGCCGGCAGCAGGGCUCUGCUGCAGCCAAGCGGCCGCCGUCCACAUCGCCACGCGAGCUGCCACAGGAGGAGAAGGGACUGCUGGGCGAGGCGCCCCAAUACAGCCGCAGCAACUCCCUCCCGUCCCCUUCACAGCCUGCAUCGGCAAAGCCAGCUCCGGCCAGGCCGUCUCGGUUUGACAGGAUAGAGGCCGGGCAGCCGAAAGCCGGCCGGGAUCUGACCACCACCCCUCCUUCACGACCAACGGCGGGUGCGCUUCCCUCCGAUCUGCCGCUUGCGGCUGGGCUGGGCGUGCUGACCGAGUCACCCCCGCUGAAGAAGGUCAAGAAACAGCUGGGUGAUAGGAAUGGCAGGGCGGAUUCGCAUGCUGCUGGGCCGCCUCCCCUGUUGCCAUCGCCGCCGACGAAGAUGGGGGGCAUACCCGGGGUGGGAGGCGGGCUGCUGCCCACGCCCAAGGCCGCGUCGUCCCCUCGCAAUAAUGGGCGUCGGCCCAUGCAGGGGGCCCGGUCGGCACACUCAUCACGGGCGCCAGACUCCAUUUUGGGGCCGGCUCCGAGCUCCCAGGGCAAGGAGAAGCGGCGAUGAGAUGGAUGCGUGUCGUGGGUGGGUGGGUCUGUUAUUCUGUCUAUGCAUAGUGAUGACUAGUGAUGGUGGAUGGUGUGGUGUGGCUGGCCAGCUAGAUUUGUGGGGAAGACCUUUCUGUGUCCAUGCAGACAGACACACGUCGAUGAAUGCGCUUCUGGU